AUGCCAUUCGGCUACGGGACCAGGCUUUACAACUCAGUAUGCAAUAUAAGAAGCGCAGUGGGCGUGUUAGGCGCCGGCGGCGCCGAGGGCGGCCGCAGCCUCCUCGUGGCGCGGAACUGCGCCUGCACCGCGUCCCACGCCGCGUCCCGCGCUGGUCGCCCACCGGCCUCCCAAGGUUCCCGGACCAUGUACCCUUGCGCUUUACCCUCCCGGGCUAUACCCUCCGGGAUCGCAGACUCCCAAUCCCGGGCCAUAUACCUCCCUUCGCUCUCUUUGUUCCACGCGGAGUCUUUAGUGUUUUUGUACUUGGGGUUGGGCGGGCGUCCUCGUCGCUUCUUGGAGCGUUUCCUUGAGCGCGGCGGGGAGGGGGACGCGCGCGGCGCGCUGGGGAGGGGCGGCGGCUCGGGGGCCGAGGCGUCCUGCUAGAAAAUCUUGUCAAGUAUCGUAUACAUCCUCAGAUUGG